CCACGUCAUUUUAAUAUCAUCUUUUGUUACAGGUGAACGGCACGUGGACUCUGCCAGGCUUCGUCUGUGAUUUCUACAUAGCAAUGGAUGUCACAUGUAGUACGUCCUCCAUCUUUAAUCUGGUCGCCAUAAGCAUAGACAGGUACAUCGCGGUGACUCAGCCGAUAAAGUACGCAAAGCAUAAGAAUAAUCGCCGAGCUUGGCUCACCAUUGUCCUGGUGUGGGUCAUCUCAGCGGCCAUAGGGAGUCCCAUCGUACUGGGGCUGAACAACACCCCAGACCGCAAGCCCCAUCUUUGUAUCUUCUUCAACAGUGACUUCAUCAUCUACUCCUCUCUUUCUUCCUUCUAUAUCCCCUGUAUCAUCAUGGUUUUCCUUUAUUACAACAUCUUUAAGGCGCUGAGAAAUCGCGCCAGGAAGGCAAAAGCUUCAAGGAAACCUAACCUAUCGGACAUCAAACCGGGAUCUGUGAUAGAGAACAUCGCGCAGACGCAGCGGCUGGCUGAGACUGCCCUGGGACCCACGUUGGUCCCACCUUCGUCUGGGAUGGAGGAGGAACGGCCUACCAACACAGGAAGUGGCAGUCAGGAAGAAGAAGAAGAAUUGGAAAAGGAAGGCAAUCGGUCGCCUGCGUCGGACGAUUGUCACGUGAUCCCGAAUGACAAGUCGACAGAAUUCAUAUUGGCAACAGUGGUGGAAGAUUCCGCCGUCGUUGCCAGGUUAGCGUCUCCACCUGCGGCCGUGACGGACCCGAAUGGCAACAAUGACUCUGGUUAUGCAGCUUCCAAUGUAGAGGAGACGAUAAUGCAGGCGACGUCUAACUCCAGCAGCCCACGCAGACGGUCCGCGGCUCAACAAGAGGAGAGACAGAAAUUGCAGGUUCGUCGAAAUGGGGCAGCUAGCGUGAACGAGCAACAGCCCGACUGCCCGGCACAAAAGGGUAGCCCGUCCAUUCGGCACUGCAGAGAAGUAGAGCCCCCAGAAGGAGAACCUCCUAGCGCCAGGAUGACCGGCUCCAAGAAGGAAUGUAAAAGCACGACGAGUUCCCGAUUCACGAUCUACAAAGUAAACAAAGCAAGUCGCAAGAAACGGGAGAAAUCUUCAGCCAAAAAGGAACGAAAAGCCACCAAAACCCUCGCGAUCGUUUUGGGUGUCUUCCUGAUCUGCUGGGUGCCGUUCUUCACCUGCAACAUCCUGGACGCGAUGUGCACCAAAUUAUCAUCAAACUGCUCACCAGGCGUUACAGCUUUCCUUCUGACCACGUGGCUAGGAUACAUGAACAGCUUUGUGAACCCUGUCAUAUAUACCAUAUUUAACCCAGAAUUUCGUAAAGCAUUCAAGAAAAUAAUGGCGCUUGGCACGUAACAUUACUGGAUUCCACCAUCCUCAGAGUUCCUCAAGAUUUUCAAGAGUUUUGUGGUUUUUGUGCGGAGAAUUGCUGAAAAAUGUGAAGGUAUGUUAACCAGGUACCAGGUUAAUGGGAUUGAGUCAAUAUAUUUUAGUUACUUCAUGUUUUAUUUCGACAUAAAAUAAUGAAGCACCACUUUGUGAAAAUGUCGUUCUGAAGUGGAUUUUAAUUUCCGCUGAAAUAAUGUUUGCGUCAAAAUAUUUACGAUGUGAUUAUUUAUUUUUAGAGUUCCACGAAGUGACAUUUUUAUUCUUAAAAUUUUUUCAUUGCAUUAUUUAAUGCGAUGAAAAUUGGAAUUCAAAUUUUUUUGAGUAUUAAUCUGAUGGCCUUGAAAAAAAAUAGAAAAGAUUCUGGUACAAUAUUGGCUUGAAAUGUGAUUGCAUUUGAAACAUAUACUCUCAUAUGAUGCAUUAGAAUACAAUAUCAAGUUUAUGUGGGCCUCGGACAGCUUUCGGCAUCAAGCGGAACAGCUUCUCAAUGGUAAUUAGUAUUAAGAUUCCACAUGCGCUGUGCUGGUUCGACAUUACUACCCAGUUUAUGUCUUCUUGGAUCAAAAUGGACCAGUUGCAGUUGAUUUCAAAUUUCACAGACAUUUUAGCUUCAAAAUUUGUAGUCAUAAUCAAAUACUGUUACAGUUGUUAAAAUCCAAGAUGAUGAGACGUGUCGAAUGGGGAAGGUGAGAAAUUUUUCUACGUGAAUUUGCUCAUAAAUGUAAAGAAUGCACGUGCCCAUCAAAGAGAUUUAGUGUAUCCUGAUCUAUGAAUCAGCGCAUAACCUCACUGUGACAGGAGACUGUGUGCCGUAUCACUCUGAGUCAAAUGUCGAGAGACGUCGCAGUUAAAUGGUUUUCGAUCGACGUCUCGAGUCACACAAAAAAUUGUAAUCAAGUGUAACUGGUGUCUUUAUUGAAAUUUAUUAAGUAAUUCCAGUAAUACUCAUAGACGUGCGUUACUGAAAAAGGUCUGACUCAGGAUUAACAAAAAAAAAUUCCUCAGAGAAAACUUACAGUGUCAUAUCUUAUAUCAGCCUGUAUCACUUCAUUUUAUAUCUCAGAUACAAAGUUUGAGAGUUUAAGUUAGGUCUAAGAAAUGCUACAAAAUGUACCGGUGUCAUUUGUAGUCUUCUCGUUUUGCGACGGCUUGAGGAAUCAUCACCUUCUGCGUCGUCAGAACCCUGACGACCGCUGUCGACGUAGUCACUUGAAUGAAAACCUCAAGUCAUACACAUGAAAACAUUAUUUUCAUCUCAAUCCUUCCUUCAGACUAGACAUAUCUUGUAUUCAAUAAACCGGCUCGCUAAUAUCUGUGCAAUUUAGAGUCAAUUUAAAAUAAGACAUUCUUAAUUUAUAAAGAUAUUUUAUUUUAAGAGGGUUUAUCUCUUAAUAUGCCUUGCAGACACUGGAAGCUCCACAUAUAAUCUUGGUAUUGCAGUUAUAAUAAAUCAUUUAACACAUUUUUAUGUGAAAACAGUUCAAAAUACAGGUAACCAGUUACGGUGUCGUCAUAGCUUAGAGAAAACUAUCAUAUUUAUACCCAUAAACUUUGUGGUUCAUUUUUAAAUAUUGGUUAAAACUUUGAGGAUAUCUUUGAAAUCAUGCUGUUAUCAUUUUAGGUUUUUCGUAAUACUGCUACGUUCUGUAUCCAGCGUCUUUCAACGAAGGAUUUUGGCACGGUAACGUGAGAACCCCUUCAAGGUUCUGAAAUAUUGGGGUUAGAUUAAAGUAAGAACACUGUGAAAGUUCUGCGAGAAACAUUAAAUCCUCUGAGUGUUCUACUUUUUUAUUUUCGCUCCGUACAUGAAGGGACGAUGGAGCGAAGGAAAAACGGACUGCGUUUACCAGAAUGUAAGACCCCCCUGGGUACGUCAUCAGUUUCCCUGGCUGAAUAUUUUGCUCACUUGAUAAUCCAGUGCCGUACUACUGGUUCUAAAGCUCGCAGUCCUGCCGCUUCUUUGGAGGAGUCGCGUCAUAUUAAAGCUCGGCCAGAAAUCGCUAUCCUGAAUGUUAUUAUCACUAAUAUUAGUAAUAUUUGCUUCAAAUCCAUUUGUGACUUUCAAUAUGAUAUCAUUAAAUGAGCCCAUUCUUACUCAUAUCAGUUGUUUAAAGAUACGUAGCGUCUGUACUCAAGAAAAUGUCAUUAAAUAACCUACCACCUUAAAUCAGGAUAUUAUAUCAACUUUAUCAAGUGAACUACCAAAGAAACUGUUUGAUUGCUUUGUUUUAGAGAAGCAUACUAAAAUGUUUGUGUCAGAUCUGUAUAAAUAAGCGCAGGCGUUUGGGCAUCCAGUCGUUUCGCCUUUGACCAAACUGCAUCCGUCAUCGUACGCUGAUUCUUAACCAUUCUGUAUUUAUUAAUUUAAUAAUGUAAUUCCACAGAAAUCCUUCCUCUAAGCCAGGUAAUGUCCUUAAUCAACAUAUCCAAUUUUAUGCUUCACCGAGCAUCGUGGCCGAGUGGUUAAUAUUUGUGCUUCGUAUUUGGAAGGUCUGUGUUUCAAAUUUUUUCUCAGAGACUGACUGUCCUCGCUGAGAUUUGUCAUGGUUUUCCACAUUCCCUCCAGUAAAAUGCCAGGCUGCUUCCUUCCACAUCUUUUACAAUUAAUUAUCGUAUCAUUUGACAUCACGUAGUCUGAGCUACUACAACAUAAUUAAAUAAAUCACAAAUAAUUUAUAUGCUACAUACAACAAGACUCUUUAUAAGUACAGAGGAAGUUGCCCUUCUGCGCUGUAAUGCAUGCACAGAAAAUGCCACAGUCUGUUGGACAAAAGAGUUAUAUGAAGUCCGCAUUUACUCCAAACAGCAGCUUCUUUUGUUCCGAGAGGUAGAUAUCAGUAAAAUUAAUAGGUGCUUUAAUGAAUAUAGUGACAUCUACAUUUGGUCAUCUGAACAACUACGCAUAUCUAGUAAUUUGAUUUUGUAGUGAUAACCAUAUUGAAUUUUUUCAGUAAUAGAAUUUUAGAUCGCAACAUUUCAGAAUUGACAGCUUGUCACAUACAGGUAAGAGAAUGAGCUUUUAUUCAUGGAAAAACUGUCAAUUUUUGUUAUUGUUAUUAUUUUCAGUAUUAAAUGAACAUAUAUUUUUAAUUCUUUGAUCAUCUUAGAUUUUAUAUGUAAGCAUUGUACUUAAAGUAGUCAUAACUUAGUGAUGAUAAGUUUUAAUUGUUGGUAUCUAUAUUUGUUAUCAAAUAUAGAUAUCAAUUGUCUGCAGUUUAAGGAUACACAGAAUAUAAAGUUUAUAAGUUUUGAACAUAACCUUAAAUUUCUAAAGACUUCAAUCCAGUGCAGUAUGCAUUAACCUAUAAAUAUUUCCAGUAUUUACGUAUAUUUUAAUAUAAUUUUAAACACUCUUAAGAUGGCUAUUUAUAAAGUAGCUCAUCUGUAUUCGUGCCAAAACUUUGUGUGUACAUUUGUAGUGACCAUAUUUAGAGACAGCAAGCAAUAAGAAGUGAUCCAAGUUGAGUACGCAAGCUGUUCAUUUAUUUGGGAGUGCUUCCAAAUACAUCAUCCAUUCUUGAACUUAGCAUCUUUCAGCAUUUGUAAAUAAGACUCAUAUGUAAUCUGUCCAUAAAUAUGUUAGAGAACGUGGUAAUUUAUAUUGGUGCUAAUGUUAAAGCACGGCAGGGUUCUGGAAUGACAAGGGACAAUUUUGAAGCUUGUAGAGAAGAUAUUCCAUGCUCUUCUUUGAAAGAAAUAAAAUAUUGUGUACUUUACUUUUUCUACUGUGCACAUACUUAAGCUAUUUGCAACUGUGAAUAAUGUUCGUGUAUGUAUAUGUUUUGGUGUGUUCCUAACCUAACAUAACCUAACCUAACCUGAACAUUGAUUUGUGUGUUUGUGCAUAUUACUGUAACAUGGAGAAUAUCGUUCCAGGAUUAUGAACAUAGAUUUCUAAUAUAAUGGUCAGUGUAUUUAGUGGUUCGUAUUAAUGCUUCAUUAUGUAUGUGCAGUAAAAUAACAUAACCUGUAUACAAAGAAAUUCAAGAAGCUCUUAAGCAUUUUGUUUUUUGCAUCAAUUUUAACUUCUUUAAACAGUGAAAAAUUUUAUCAUGGGCUCCAAAUCAUGGAAUAUUAAAAGGGUUUUAUAGAGUGAAUUCGGAAGUGAUGUACUUGUAAAGUUACUCUGUGAUUCUCUUUUGUUUUGAGCCCCAUUCCAUGAUCUGGUUCUGUGUACAAAAUACUUUAUGAAUAGAAAUUAUUUUGAAGUGUGAUGCAACCAGUUUAUGAAUCCUGUGCUAGCAUCGGCACAUUAACGCUAGUUGAUAGCCAAUUUAAAGAUACCAGAGAAUUGUUCAAACUUUUAUUUUUCAGUAAUAUAAUUUUUAUACAUUUUUCCCCCCUUGCUAUCAGCAUCUUUAUCAUGUUAAGUGCUAAAGAAGAUUGUGAUUUCUUUGUGUACAUUUUCAAUUCCACAUUCACUGUUGAAUAAUUGCCCAAGUUGGUGGCCCUGUUCUCGACAUUCUUCAUCAAAAGUAAACUUAAAAUUACUUGUAAGAUGAAUAUAACAAAUAAAAUAUUUGUUAUUCUAU